CCCCCUCCCCCCCCCCCCGCCUGUGCCCCCCUCGCCCUACACCGGCCCUGCGGUGGGCAGCUGCCCUGGUUAUCUUGGGGGGACAGGGGGCGCUGCAGCCCACGCACGUGAGCCCUGCGGGGUGGAUGUGCCGAGGAGGAGGCGCCGAGCCAGCCCAGCCUUGGCUUUCGGGGGAUGCCCAGCAGGGCAGCGAUGACUUGAGGCUGCGCUUUGCCAUGGAUGGGAUGACAUGCUCCAUGGUUGCUUUGGUGACGCUGGUGUUCUGGUGCCCGGGUCAGCCUGGGUGCAUCGCCCGCCGCCCGGCCCUGCGAACGGGUCUCCCGGUGCUGCUGCCUCUGCUGCUGUCCGUGCCGGCCUUCCUGGGCUCCCCGAUGGCAGAUGGUGUAUCCUUGGAGAAGCAAAAUCUUUCCUUACUCUCAGUGGGAUCUAAACUACAUCGAAGUACAGUGAGCAGCAUAGCACACAUGGCCUUAACACAAAGCACAGUACAACCCCAGGAAAAAGAUUUUCUUCAUGUGGUUUUAUCAUCACUUACCACUCCCUUUGAUAUGACUUUAUUUGACCAAGAAAGAAUGAGCAGAAGUUCAGAAGGAAGAACUAUGCCUGUGGGAGAUGUCACAGUAACUAGCAAUGAAGCAUUUUUAAGUGACGAUGGAUUGAUUAGCUCCUUUCCGAAUGAACAGUGGACUCCUUCACUAAAGUCUAUUACAGUGGAGUAUCAUUCAGAUAAUUCAGUAGAGCCACCAAGAGAAACCUUAGAAACUGUGUUGCUAAAACCUUCAUUAUCUGUCCUUUUGUUGCCAUAUGACGAAAUGAAAACAGCACAACAAAUGACAACAUCACGUGCUGCCUCUGGUCACAGUCGUGCUUUCACACAAUUGAAGCCUUUUGCUCCAGAUGGUAUAAUUCCGACUACAAGCAGAGACUUGCUAUUGUACCCCACAAAUACAGAUAUUUAUUUAAGUUCCACUACAUCAGAGGUGGUGGUUGGACUGGUGGGAAAUGUAGAUGGAAGCUAUGCAUCUAGUUCAGACUCCUCACUGUUUUUGCCUUUUGAUACUACUUCAGAAGGGUCCUCUGUUCUUACAAGACAGCUGAAUGAGGAUAGCCAACUUAACCCAGAUGCUUUGGCAAAAAGUACUGAUCAAUACACUGAAGCUUACCCUGAUGUGAAUAGGGAUGCAACAGAAACUUUGGAUCUAAGGGCCUAUUCUGUUGCAAGCAUUUCUAGGGCAGCACCUUUUUUGGUAACCAGCAUGGAGCCUGCUUUGUUUUCAAUUAGUCUUCCAUAUGUGUCUUUCCCAGUUCACUCAGCUGCUGGUUCCACUGACUCUGAUACUUUUGUUACUGAUGACUUGUUUACACAUGUGUUUUCCCAUAAAUCCUCCAGUACAACACCAAAUUUGCCUGGCAAUUUAGAAAUACCAAGUCAAGUUGAGCUCUUCAAUGAGUUCAUAAGCCCAGUGCCUUUCACUAGACCAUAUGCUUCAUGUUCGUACUGUGACUUUGCCUCAGUUCCACCGGAACAAGUCUUUUCAGCAGGACUCACAGAACAUGAUGUUGGUUCAGGUGAUUAUAUUGAAACAUUGUCCUUCACAGCCUCUGAGGAAAAAGGCAUUACACCACUUACAACUGUGGUUACUGACUUGUAUGAGCUGGAGGAGUCAACUCCUGAAAUCUUUGAUACUACUUUUCCAUCAAGACCCGUUGUUUCAUUUUCUUCAAGACUUAUAGAAGUCUCUGAGUCAAACUUGUUUUUUUCAAACAGUGUGGACGUUGGUCUUAACAUAAUGAGUACAACAAUAUUUCCUUCCUACAGACAGCCCUCUGAAGGAAUAUCAUUGGAUAUCACUUCUGUUCAAUUCCCCUUCCCUAUUACUGAAACUGUUACUUUAACAUCUGGUAUUAGAGCAAAACCUUCUGAUAUCACCAGCGUUCUCCUUGAAUCCGUGUUUACCACAAGUGAGAAUAUACCGUCAGUUACAAUCAAACAUACAGGCCUGCUGGAAUCACCUGAAUUUAUGCCCUCAGAAUCUGUACUUUGGCUUGACAAAACACCUGCAAGUGUUUCAAUGGACAAAUCAUCUGUAAAUAUUUCAGAUUUUUCAUCCAACCUUUUAUCAACACCGUUUCUCUCUGAACCUAGCAGCUGGUCAUCUUUAUCAUCUGCUGUAUCCACCUUUUAUUCAAGAAUGCCAAGUGAUUUAUCAACACUAUUACCUCAGGUCUUCCCUACACUGCUGGGGACAUCGGUAGUUUUUGAUGAUUCCUCUAGUUGGGAAUCAACUGAGUUUCCUCCCAUUGACAGCACAAGCAUAGAGGUUUCUCAUCUCUCUCCCUGGCAGACUUCAUACCUUUAUUCAAAUACAUUUUCUGUUCCAAACACACACAAUCCUGAAGUAAUAUCAUCAAGUUUUUACUCUUACUCUUCCAUGUUACUAGAAGGAACAUCAGUCUUGCUAAUGGAUUCUGAAGUUUCGUUUACCUCAAUUUUCACAGAAGCUACCUCUCAGUUAGAGUCUUCACUCUUCUCCCUUGAAUCAGCAGUUCCUACACUGGUGCUGUCCAUUUCUGACUCAGAAUCUUUUCUCACCAGCAAUAUCUUGGUUGAUGAAACACACUUGACCUCAUGGUUUACCAUCUUUCAGACAAUUCCUGUCUUAAGUGUAUCUUCGUCCCUUCUCUCAACUGUUACAGCUUCAGAUGAGGAUACUGGUGCUACUGCUAACCACACAUUGCUUUUAACAUCUCUUUCCAAGGCAACUGCUAGUACAGCACAUUUUACAACAAAUCCAUAUACACCGUUGUUGCAUACGGAUGUGAACAGCAUUACCGCUUCACCUACAGAGUCAAUUUCUGUGGUUACAUCAUUUGUACCUACACAGCUGCCUCCAUCCAUAAAUACUUCCACUGAAUUUGUCACACAAACAAAAACUAGUGUAACUGAAGUUACCAAUAGAACAAGUGCUACUACUGCCACUACUACCACCAUUAGUAGCAUAGUUGGCCAUCAUACAACUACUGAGAGCAACUCAAGGACUUCCUCAUCCCCUUCUACUGCUGUAGUGACCACGACACCAUCUGAAGCUAUAAUUAUCACCUCUGCCAUGACCACAACCCGACAACCAUAUGUUUGUGACAUCACUGUUCCCGAUACUUACUUAAUCAUGGCUGUGCUGGCCCGCAAAGCUGUGCUAGAAAAUGUCAGUGAUUCCAUCAAAGAAGUGCUGAGAGUUCAGUUCAGGCGAUCAGUAGAACUGGAGGUUUAUAAAAUUUCCCCAAAAUUCUCUUUCUUGGUGACAUCAGGUCCUUUUGUUUACACGGCAAUAGCUGUCAUAAAUGUGCUUAUGAACAGCAGCCUUCUCCGUGGUCAGGCCCCUGUCAUCCUGUCACUACAGCCUUCUUUCACCAUGCCAGAUUCCAGGUUCCAAGUUCACACAGUGCUUCAGUUUGUGCCUCGAAACGUUGAUACUGGCUUCUGUAACUUCAGCCAGCGCAUUGAAAAAGGGCUGACAAUGGCAUUCCUGGAGGUGAGAAAACAUCACCAGGAUAUCUACAACUUCACAGUGCAGAUACUGAAUAUAACUCUGAGCAAGCCUCGUGUGGCAUUUCGGCAAGGGCCUGUGAACAUUGUCUUUGCCAUUCAGGAUACAUAUGGAUUCUUGAAUGGAUCUGAAAUCAGUGAGCUGCUGAGGAACCUGUCUGUGGUGGAGUUCAGUUUCUACUUGGGCUUUCCUGUGCAGCAAAUUGCCGAACCCUUUCAUUACCCUCAACUCAAUGUGUCUCAAUUGAUGAAAUCUUCCUGGGUGAGAACAGUUCUCUUGGGUGUUGUCAAUCAGCGAAUUCAGGAGGAAGUGUUUCAGGCUGGGAUGGAGCGGAAACUGGCUCAGCUGUUAAAUGAGGCUUUGACUGGAGGGCGAAUAUGGAAACGAGCCACGUUUGCAGGCAACAACAUUGUGCAGAUUGUCAACAUGUCACGGCUAGUGGGUGCUGAUAACGCUGUAGAACUGAUCUAUUUUGUGGAGGAUCAAACUGGAGAGAGGCUCAGCGCUGUAAAAUCUUCAGAUCUGAUUAACAGAGUUGACAUCCAGAGAGCCGCCAUCAUUCUUGGAUACCGCAUUCAAGGCGCAGUUGCACAACCUGUGGAUAAAGUGAAAGAGUCAUCGUCUGAGUCUCAGAAUAACAAUCUGUGGAUUAUUGUUGGUGUGGCAGUCCCAGUGGCUGUGGUGCUGCUUAUCAUUAUUAUUUUAUACUGGAAGCUCUGCCGAACAGACAAGUUGGAGUUUCAGCCAGACACCAUGAGCAAUAUUCAGCAGCGACAGAAGCUACAAGCCCCCAGUGUGAAGGGGUUUGAUUUUGCUAAGCAGCACCUGGGCCAGCACAACAAAGAUGAUAUCCUGAUCAUUCAUGAGCCAGCUCCUCUUCCAGGACCUAUUAAGGACACUACCCCUUCUGAAAAUGGAGAUGUGCCAAGCCCCAAAUCAAAGAUCACUUCAAAGCCUUCAAAGAAUGUUCGACACAGAGGGAGAGUUUCCCCUUCAGAUGCUGACUCCACAGCGAGUGAACAGUCCAGUGGGAGAGAGACAGGGGAAGAAACCGCAAGACCACCAACCUCUGCCAAUGAGGGCAAACCACGCAGAGCUCCAAAGAGUGGACCUCCGCAUCCCGGUAAUGGAAACGAGCAGCACAACUCAGCCUCUAUCUUUGAGCAUGUGGACAGGAUGUCUCGUUCCUCAGAUGCAAGUCGACGGGUCCCCAGCAAGAUCCAGUUGAUUGCAAUGCAGCCAAUUGCAGCCCUUCCAGCUCAGAACCCAGCACUGUCUGACCGAGUAGCAGAGUCCAACAAAAUUAACAAAGAGAUACAAACAGCUUUGAGGCAUAAGUCUGAGAUUGAGCAUCACCGCAAUAAGAUCCGUCUUCGAGCCAAGCGCAAAGGCCACUAUGAAUUUCCAGUUGUGGAUGACGUGAUUGUUGUUGAUGCCAAAGAGCAGCAUAGAAUAUACCGCAAAGCACAGAUGCAGAUUGACAAGAUCUUGGACCCUGGGGGCAACGUGCCUACUGUUUUUAUAGAACCCAGGAAGAGUUCACGUGCAAAACGUUCUCCCAAGCAGCGUCGGAGACAUCAGAUAAAUGGCAGCCCCAUUGAUGCUGAGAAGGACAGGCUAAUCACCACUGACAGUGAUGGGACAUACAAAAGACCACCAGGAGUCAAUAAUUCUGCAUAUAUUUCCGAUCCUGACCUGCCUGCAGAAUCACAGACACCUUCUCUUGACCUCGGGAAGUACCCAGGCUUGCCUCCCCACCCAGCCUCUCAGUACAUCCCUCCACAGCCAUCCAUUGAAGAGGCCCGGCAGACCAUGCACUCUCUCUUGGAUGAUGCCUUUGCCCUGGUGGCUCCCAGUAGCCAAGCAGCCAGUUCCACUGCCAUCACGUCACCUGGGGUCUCUGCGGGACAGCCGGUAAACAACACUCCUGCUCGAGCAGGGAGGGGAACCACAUGCCCCCAGUGGGGAUCACCAUAUGGUCCAGCCCAGGCAGUAAACAACCCAUUUAGUAGAUACGUGGAAUUUGGAAUGACUCCUCCAACAGCACCGGGUCUGCUGCAGAGGCAAAGUUUUGGCCCGGGUUUCCUUCAGCCUGCAGAGUUAAUGCACCCAGACCAGCAACAAUCCGAUGUUCAGUAUUCCUCCAGAGGGCUAUACCCAGAAGAAAUGCCAUCGGUGGCACGGCCACGACCAGUUGGAAGCACUGCAGGUUCUCAGAUACAGCACCUCACUCAGGUGGGAAUUGCUAGCAGAACUGGAGCCCAACAAGUGGAGAUUGCCUCAGUCAGAGCAGGGCAUGGCCAGCCGGGGGGACCAGGGUGGCCCCAGUAUCGUGGAGAGGAUGAAUAUGCUAGGAGAGAUGCAACACAUAUGCAUGGACAUCAAGAAUAUUCCUCCUCACCAGUAUUCCAGAUGCAGAGGACUUCAGCCAGACAGCCCUCAGCACCACCUGCUCAUCUUCCACACAGCAGCCUUCAGGGACAGGGGCUCUGCUACACCACCAGUUCCAAUGAGGACCUCCAAACUGGUCAUUCCUCGGCAUCUCUCAUAAAAGCAAUUAGAGAGGAGCUUCUGCGACUCUCACAGAAACAGACAACAGUGCAGAACUUUCACAGCUGAUUUGUCAUGCUCUUGAAAAUCUGCCGGGUAUCUGCUUCCUAUGGAAGCAAGAAUCAAAGGAAAUCAGCUACGUUUUUCUUCUGUCAUCAGAGUGAACUUCCACAGCGCCAGAGAUUACACAUCAGAAAAGAGCAGCAACAAAAGGAGAGAGAGAGAUUUGUGUGGAGGCAGGGACAGGGAGGCCAAAGUGGUAAUGUCAGAGCUGGCUAUUCGGCUUAAUCUGUUAGCAUUUACUGUGCCCCUCCUUGGUUUGAUCUAAUGAACAAAAUAAAACUUUAGGUCAAAAGCUAACCCUAAAAAAGCACAUACGCGCGCACACAAACCCCCCCACCAAGCAUAGUAGACGGUGAGAUGCCUGGCUUAAAGAAAAAGGCAAAGCUUUCCUGUUACCAGCAAGAUGGACUGAAUUAACAUUUGAUGAGAGAUUACAAGAAUUCUAACCUCUCCAGUCUUUUUAGUGAAGUGGCUCGUGUUACUGCUUUGCAGGAUUACAAACGAUACAAGAUCGGAGACAUUGAAGGUGUGAUCCAGCAUAGGAAAUCACCUUAAUGACAAUAACAGUAAGACUGCGUAGAAAAAAAAAAAGGAUUUCUGAGCUACUUGUCUCAAACCAGAACAAUAAUUGUUAUAGCUCUGUGUUUUCAAAUGGAGCUACUCUCUGCACUCCUCCCCGUUUUUCUUCUGGUGCUGAAGCUUCAAGUGUCCCUUCAUCUUCAUGUUUGCAAAGUAAAACCAUGGCCUUUUUAAACCCAAGAAUAUAUCCAGAAAUUAAUUCAGAGUGGGAAAGCAAAAUGUCCAAAAAGAAAAGGCUGGAUAUUUAUUUUGUUAAAAAUACAUUGAAAUCUAGAUGAGAAUACUUAGUCAUAGUUGAAUUUUUGAGCAUAAGUAUGUAUGUUUGUCUUCUAAACAUAAAUACUCUCAUACUAUAUGCUUUCACAAGACCAGGGAUAAAAUUUACUAACCUGUAGUUUGUGGUGUGGCCAGAAAGCAAGCCAGCCUGGGUGAUGCAGGAUCACCAGCGCUAGUUAUAAAUUUACCAUAAACCACAGUGUACUUUGGGAUCUCAGUCAUAUAUAGUGAAACUGAAUCUUACAAAAGAUAAAACUUGGGGCAAAGACAUUUGGAAUAUUAACAUAAGCUUAGAUUUGUUGUUUGAGACAGUUAUUUUAUUUCUAUCUGUUCCUACUGUCCCCAUGGAUGAAGGGGCACGGUAAUGGUGGUACAUGUCUUGGAGUAUCUGUCAUUAUUUUUCCAGAGUUUAAUUUACAAUUAGCUAUGAGUUUACUAAUAUUUGGCCAUUGCACAAUUGUAACCUGCAUAAUACACGUGAAAAUUCUAACUGAGUUUUGGUCUGUUGGAGUAUUUUUAUUUUUAACUUACAUCGAAUUAAAACUACAAUGGUGGCAUAGAGAAAGUGUAAGUUAAUAUUGGUCAGGACGCUUAGGAAUCUCACACUGAGACAGUGAUGUUCUUGACUACUUGAUACUAGGAGUUGGGAUUUUCAAACACAGAACCCAAGGGUAGUAAUGAAUUGUCUGAACUAUGGACCACGAAAGGGGUCAUCAAGCAGGUGGCUUUGGGGUAUGUCUGAGUCUGCCUCAUAUAGAUACCUUACUUGGCUGAUACUUGAAUCAGCAUUGGUAUAGUAUGCAUAGGUAGCAUUGUUAUGGUAGGGUAACUAUGAGGCUACACACUCGUAUUACAAGACAGAGUUCAACUACUGUAGUGGGAAUUGAGUCACAAUAUGGUGGAAGUGGAAGUGAAAGCAAAAGAAGAGAAACUCUGCACCUACUUCCUGACACAUGUAUGUUAAUUUCGCUCAUUGUCACAAUCACCAAAAUUUGGCAGCUGCGGACUGAGCAACUGGUUGCUCGUUAGCAUUGAAAAAGAAUUCAUAUCGCCCCAGAUAUCAGGAAGAAGGUUACACCUUUAUUGACCCAAGUUCAUCAAUAGGGCAUAUGAGACGCAGUGAGACACUUAACAUACCAGGGAAGUCUAAGUGAAAUUCUGAGGUUUAUAAUCAAUCCCCCAGCCAGUGCUCCAAGCCUUCAUGAGCCCAAAUUGAGAUACUGAAUUUAAUCCUGAUGCCUAUAUGGUCGUGACCAGCAGAGCCAUCAGGUCACUGAUUUUUUAUAUUUUUUUAAAUAUUUUAAUAUGACAUUCUUCAAGUUUUACCUUUUGACGUAGCGUGUAACAUGUCAGCCUUGGUACAAACAUAAUGGAUAAAACAUUGGUUUUAUACAAAGGUUUGUAAAAGCAAACCCUGUGGAUGCUUUAAAGAGAGACUUUCACACUGAAGCAAAUUUGAAAAACAAGAGCAUUAGCAAGGUGAGAAAUGUAAUUGGGUCAGUAUUUGUAUGUUUUGAUAUUACUGAAGAUGGUUUAUUGGGUGUUUCAUUAAAAAUUUCCUCCCUCACAGCCCAGAUUCUCCUUCUAGAAAUGAAGUGAAGUCUGAUUACUGUGCUUCUGAUAUCACUCCGUUUAUGGUAUCAUUAAUACAUUGUGCUAUUAAUACAUUAUCAUUGAUAUAUUGUGUGAUCAUGAAUAUAGUGUUAUGAGUUCACUCCAGGAGAACAUGGGCUGUUGAGUAUAAAAUCUUUAUUAAAUGCAAAUACUGUAACCAGCAAACAUAGGUAAGAAUUAUGGAAGAAUAGCUCUGAAAUGGAUGGGAGGGUAGGUGAUUUAUGCCAUACCCUCACUGCAGCAUGUGGAGAGAACGUUGGAGUAUAUCAUCACUUUUAGGGGUGGGGAGGCAAGCACUUUUUCUUCCCAGUUUAAACACUGUGAAAAACUUGAGAAAGGUGAAGGAUUUAAGUUAGUCUGAUAAGUUUUCUCUGGUAUGAAAGUCCCUCUUUAAGACCUGAAGCAUUCAUAGAGAAGUACAAUUGAUGUGAACACAUUUAACAGUUUUUUGCCCAAGUACCGCUCUCAGACCUGCUUGAGACCUUAUUUGCUAUUCACCAUCUAUAUAUGGUCCUCUGUCUCCCAAUGCCAUUGAAAACCCUCCAUGUAAGAUGCCCAAUGCUUCACUCAAAAGAAUGGCCGUAACACAAAAGGGUUGUGUGCAGACUUUCUGCAAUUGCUGAAUUGUUGAAGAUUUAGGUGGUUCAUGUGCUGCAAGAAAAGAGCACUGUCUGAAACAUAUGGGCCAAGAUGUGUAUUGCCUCUUUAGAAUCCAGGCAAAUGAUCCAGUACUAAUCACGUAUAUGUUUACCAGCCAAUUUUAAUGUUUUUAGUCACCUAUAAAAAGGAAACCAGACCAUGUUAAUUUUUUUCUGAAAAGGAAAACAGAGUGAGUUUCAAGAUGAGAGAGAUUGGUUACCUAGGCCAGCUAGGUGUCUGGUUUGGUCAGUUGUCCUUUUUAUUGUACUGUUGUGUUACAGCUUUGUGGAAGAACAAAGAGUUCAUUAUAAAGUAUAUGUUAAUGAAUCUCAUCAAUCCCAUUGAUCACUUAGCUAGUAUGUACAUGCACAAGAAGCAGUGUUGCCAAUGCUUAUAUUUUAAUUCUAUGGUUAUACCAUUCCACUUUGUAGAAACCUGCAAGCUCUCAUGACCCUUCACAAUUUUCUUUGAAUUAUUAUUUGUAUAGUCAGUGGUCAAUUUGGAAUAUACAGGUGAAAGAAAGAAGCUGGCAGAAUGAAAGCUAGGUGUUUUUUAUCAUAGUCAAAGUGCUGACCUCUAGCCUAUUUGAUACUUAGUUGUUGGAACUAAUCAAAAUAUUUUAGACCUACGCUUUAUGUAAUUAAUCACAUGGAGGAUGUCAUGUGAUUCCCAUGCUUCCCUAUGAUAAAACAUAAUUCACAAGGAGAUUAUACUAAUAGUCCAGUGAUAGUUCAAAGAUAGUUUCGCUUAGGAAACACUGCAUAGCUUCUGUGACCAUGUGAUUCAGAAAAGGGAACGUUGGUGGUCAGAUAGGCUUAAUAGCGGGAAGUGUUUAAAAUCUGAACUUCAGGUGAAAGGAGAUAUUUUGAAGACCAAUCCUAUUGCUUCAGAGUCAGGGCAGUUCGCAGCAAGGCUUCAUAUCCAGCGUUUGGAGGGUGGCAGCUUCACCCAGGGUGCUCAUUCUUUACUUCUACAGUCAGACUUUUGAAAAUAAGCCCCAGAAGUUGUGCUCCUAUGUCCACAUUUAUUUAGGUGUCUCAGCAUGGACAGAGGAGCAUAACUUUAGGCUCCCAUUUUUGAAAGUCUUGUCAUCCCUGUGUCUUGGGCAUCGUUUGCCUAUUUCUAGUACUUUUUAUACUAAAAGUAAAGCGAAAAAGGAGAUUCUGUACGUCACUAUCACCAGCCUCUUGAUAUUCACAUGUUCCAAUGUGGCUAGAGAUUAAAGCUUGAGGGAGGAAGGAGAAACCUAAAUUAAAAAAGGAGAAUUUUCAAAGCAGUUCUAUGGUUCGGAAGCACGGAGAGGAUUUGGCUGCUCGGUGCCUGGUCUCCCCUGUGCAUGCAGAACGUUCUUUGAAGUGCAGUUUAUGAUAGAAAAAUGACUAAAAAUUCAUGCUCAGCAAAUCUGCUCCUCAUGUACAUUCAGUCAGAUCUUGCUCCAGUGUCAGAAGAGUGUGUUUUAUUUUUGAGUUACUUUUUUCUCCUUGUAACACUGUAGAACCAAUACAGUUCUGGUAGAGUGAAGUGGAUUCUGCUGCUACUCACAUGUCAAUAGAAUAAUUGAGUAUAGCUAUGCUACAAACAGAAAAGGUUUUUCAAUCGAUGUAUUUAAUCCGCUUCUCCGAGAGGCAGUAUCUAGGUCAAUGGAAGAACUCCAUUUACACCGGGAGUUAGGGUGACCUAAUUACAUUGUAUAGGGCACAAAAUUUUCCACAGCCUGGAGUGACAUAGCUAGGUUGAUCUAAUUUUUGAGUGUAGAUCAGGCUUGAGUUCCAGUAGUAGAUCCAUUUUCUACCCCCCUUACACCGGUGCAACUCCUCUGAAAACCGUCGGGUUGCAGAGAUGUGAAUGAGGGUUGAAUUUGGCCCACAGAUCCUUUGUUGUUGCUGUUGAUGAUGCACUAGCCAGAGAACAUCCAAUCUGACUUUCAGAUCCCAGGGUGAGUUUAUAGGUAUAUGGAAUUGACUGAGGAACAGAAAACAAGGAACCCGACAAUGCUUCUUUAAAGCUUCACUCCCCAGAACAGAAGCUCAAUUCAGAGUUCUGUUGAAGGCCAACGGACAGAAAAGUGACUUUAGGGCACUUACUCUAGAACAAUAUGCUAAAGGUCUCUGCCUAUGUAGCGUGCAAGGCUGCAGUAUUUAGUUUUGGUUUUGUGUGUUGGUUACUGAUGCCUUAUUUCACAUUUAAAGCAAAUAUUUCUCUUGGAAUGGCUAAGCCUAUUUAGUUUUCAGUAGUUCUUGCUCCAUAACUGGAGGUUAAUGUUCAGACUACUCCGCCCUUUUGCCUUGAUCAUUAUGUUUGAAUGGAUGAAGUGAAGGUUUUCUUCAGCUUAUGUAUGCUAAACCUCUAUGAAAAUUUAAUGUGGGUUUUUUGGUUUCGUGUUAUUUUAGUCUUGUGACAGCUGUUGGUAGUUACAUAGCAAAGUUUAGUAAAAUGAGAAUCAAGAGAGGAUGGAAAAGAGACUAAGGACUGAGAGUUGUCAGGUUUCCUGUGGAGCUAUAUUUGUGGCACUCCUGUGUCAUGUUCCACUGGCCAUUUCCUUAAGGUUUUUCUCUGUCAGGCUGUUUAUUUUUGAGUGUCCUGUGAUGUGUAUAAUUUGAGAGCAAAAGCUAGUUUUACCGUAGAAUGCGACCUUGCUUUUCCUUCUACUGGAAUACAAAACAAAGUAUCAUUAUAUACAGCAAUACAUUAACCUUGUUCUGGAUUUAAAAGACAGACCUGGAAGAAGAGUGGUUCUGUAGUUAAAAGAAAACAUUGAAAUAGUAAUAAAGCGGGAAAUUAUUGAGCAUUGGAAACAGGAAAACAGCAGAUGGAGUUGUGAAUUAAGCCACCAUCUGUGGCAGUUUAAAAGAUGUAGCUUUGUUGUCAAACAUUAAACCAAUUAAAGGGUUAUCAGCUGUGGAUGAUUCCGGCACUUACAAUAGUUGAAUAGCAAACAAACUUAUGGAUUGAUUGGUACAGGAGGUAUUAAACUGUGUGACCCUGAUUAAAGUGAUACCAGAUAAGUUGGUAACGGAUAUUUAUAGAGGCCAUUUUAUCAAAAGUUCCCAAAGUGUGUGAUCUUCAUAAAACCAUUUACAAACAGGGAUAAGUUCUGUACUCGUUGCAACGUUUCCACUUCUGCAGUCGAAGCAACACAUUGCAACCAUUCAGGAUACAAAGUGAAAAAUCCUCUAUUCAGUGUAAACUACAGGGGAGUUUCACCUAAUUUGAAUUUAGCCAGGAUGCUGAUGCCAACCAUCUUGCUCUGGUGAAAAGUGUAGUAGGAUUUUUAGUGACCAUAAAUGUUGAAGGAUAUUUGUCCCUUCAGAAAGAGAGCAUCUCCAGCAACACAGUGCCCACUAAUGCUACUCAAAGGUGUUGGUUCAGAAUAGAUGGGGAGAGGAGAACAUCACUUCCUGAAAUCACCAUUACCACUUCCUGCUGCAUUCUGAGGUGGGAUUUCAGAAGCAUUCAGCACUGAAGCCAGUGAGAGUUUUAAUAUUGACUUCAAUGGGAACAGAGUUUAGGCUAGUGUGCAGAGGACAUUAGAAAAUCCCACUUUUAUUUGCCCAUGAACAUCUCUCAUCCUUAGCAUUGCCCAGGCUCAGGCCUGCUUAGCUUUUGAGAUAUGACAGAAUGGCAGCCUGAGUGGUAAGGCUAAUUUGAAAUAUUGCAGUUACUAGAGCAUUGGAGAAUCAACUGAAUAUUAAAACUUACCCUUAAGUCUUUAUUCCUAUACACUUAAUAUAAUGGGUGUUUUAAUUACGCUACCCUGUCGAAGAUGAAUCUCUGCUGAUUGGCUCUGUUAGUUGAUACCAUAUGCAUGAACUUCGGUAAGGAGUUAAGUGAGAAAUGGGGGAAAGUGAGGUGAUACAGUGAUGAAUGUAGUAGGUGUAUUAGGGCUGAUGUGUAGUAACUGCCACUAAUCAGCAUGGGAUUUGUAGUUUAACUCCUUUGGCUCAAACUGGGGGCCAUCCCAGUGCUAUAAGUACUCUUGUACCUUCGCUAUGGCCCUCAUCCAACAGAAGACUUCAGUGGGCUUUGGGUCAGGCCUUAUGGGUGCCGAAGUUUCUCAUAGCAGCAAAUGAAAGUUAUGUAGUGAACAGCAUUUGAGUCUCUGCCAUUGAGUUCUUGAUUUUGAAUUUGAGCCUUGGUAAUGGUGGGAAUAGGGCACCACUGCAGAACAAUGAAACUGCAGCCCUCUGCAACAAAAUUGUCAAAUGCAAGUCUCUUCAGUCAGGCACCUAAAUAAGUGGUCUGGUUUUCAGAGUUGAAGAUCCCUGAAAAGUCACUUCUGUUUAGCUGUCUAAAUGUGGAUUUAGGUGUAAAUUUUAUAAACCGCUGUAGGAAAAUUUUUCCCUAUUGCUUAGAACGAAGGCAUGGGAGUAGGAGGACCCUGUCUCUGCUGGUGAUUCUUCACUACAUGACCUAGUGAUGCCUCAGUCAGCUUACUGUGAACACUGACUAAUAACUAAGUGCCUGAUUUGCCAUUGCUCUGUGCCUUGUGUAGUCAUUUGUACCAGUGCAAGUGGGUUUAAGAUGCUACCAGAUCAGAGUGGUUGAGUUUUACACCUGCUUUUCACUGGUGUAAAUAACUACACAAGGCAUAGAGCAAUAGAGAAUCAGGCCCUAAACUCUGAGUGAUGGCUCACUUUUGCAGGGCAAAUAAGUACAUUAUAAUCCCUGAUUAUCAGGAAGAUACUGGGGCAAAAAUGUAGCAAGGUGCCUAUUCUGUCAGUUCUAGAAAGGAUUCAGAAGAGGGAGGGGCUACUGAUGUGAGAGACACAUACGUCUUAUUUCAUACUAAAAGCUUAGUUCUUACCAUUCAAUCUACUACGAAUUCCCAGCUGUAGAGAAAAGCCCCGGAAGGCUCAAAUGCCAGUGUUUUGUGUGUCUGCCAGCAAUAAAAUAACAACACUUAGAAAUUAUAAAGUGCUUUAUAUCUUCAGAGAGUUUACAAACAUUAACAAAGGAAAAUGAAAUUUACUAGCUUUGGUAUUGAUUUGAGCUAAGGCACUCUGUGCAUGCUCAUGAAGAGAAUAUUUUCCUAACAGAUCCUGGGAACUCUUAGGUACAAUAUAUUACGUUAGUGACACCCCAUGAGUCAGGGAUCCUCAAUCGAUGUCUUUGUGUGGACAACAACUUGACAGAGAGAGUGUCUCAUGCACACCUCCUUUCCCAUUCACCGGCAUGUGGACCCUUCCUCUUCCCAUUCAUAACUGCCUGACAUCCCUGUGUAACGUGGAAGUGUAAUAUUAAGGAAGUAUUUGGCUGAAUGUUUAGCUGUUACUAAUUUGAUCUAAUAGCUAGAGACUAGGAAAGGCCAGCACCAUGUGACCAACCAACUCUCCAUACAAUACCAAUGGUCCAUGGACCAAAGGUUGAGAAUCAAAUAAUGUGGUGUGCAACAUGGUUUAUUUUAGACAAGGACAUUGGAAGUGCCGCUGACACAGAAGUAUUUUAUAGUAAAAAGCCAGUGGAGGAAAAGAACUGUCAUGUAAAGUGCUCUCAUCAGAGAAGAAAGAUUAGUUUAUGGCAAGAUGAACUAGGGAGUCAUUAAAAUGGCAUGUUUUCCUCUAGGAAGCCAGGAGGGGAGGUUCACAGGACUUUUGGAUUGUCACAACACAUACUGAAUGCACCUAUGGGGUGGAGAACUGGAUAAAAGAGUAUAGAGCCUUGAAGUUUCAAAAAAACACUACAGGGUGUGGAGACGACUAAAGGGUUUGGAGGGUGAGGUCAUGGAGCAUAGAAGCAGAAGGAAAGAGUUAUGAUGGGGACACAAGGCAGACGUUGAAUUCUUUUUUUUUUCAUACCAGCAACAUUUUGCAGCCCCUGCCCCAAUAUUUGCCAUUGUGUCCAACACAAAUGAGUUAGCUGGAUGUUUCUUUUUCAAUGAUCAGCAGUGAAAUGCUGAUACUUAAUUGCGAAGAAUUAAACCGACCUCCUUAGGGUUCAGAGUUGACAUCCCACUUAGAUGAAGGGGCAGUUCUACGGCUAUUGUUUCAGGAAGACAGUACUGCAUUGUUUACACUCAGUCACAUUUGGAAGGUUAUCGUCGUGACAUAAGGGCUGGAAACUUAUUCUUUGUAAAGUGAACAUUUAGAUACCAGUUCACAUCUGCAGUAAGGGAUGAAUUCUAUGGCAGGGGCUGAAACCUCUGAAUCACGGAAUACAUGCGGUCUUGAGCAUAUAGUUCUGAGCAUAAUUGUUGUGGCUUCCCAUGAAUGCCUGUUACUGUCCUUGGUUAUAAUGGGAGUAAUUAAGUAUACUUCUUUAAUUAAAUCUAUUAACUUCUAUGGCUUAAAAAAGGCUCUUGAAGUCCCAGUAAAGACCAUCUUUUCUUAUGAAGUUAACCUCUGUCUUCACUCAACGUUAGGUGCAUGUAAGAAGCUCUGGUGUUUUGCCAGCUUUCAUCCCUCUGGUGAUCUUGUAAAGUGCAAUUGAUUAAUGUGUAGCCUAUUCAGUAAAACCCCAAAAAACAGCCCCUUGAUAGAAACAGUGAGUAGUGUGAGUAAUUACCAGAACAGUGGUAUCGAGAAAGAUGAAGAGUCACGCAUGAAAUGCGAAUCAGGUUAGCCUUGAGUUAAGGAAUAAGGAAAAACCCUAGUCAGAUAUAAUUGGAUUUAUUGUAUUUCAGAGCAAGUUAAUGUAUUUACCCCAGAAUCAUGUGUUGCAACUAAUGCUCAUUUAUUUCAAUGGCACUUGUUGGUAUUAGAAAAGCUGAUCAGCUGCAAGCCUCCUGCUGCUCUAUUCAUCUUACUAGGCUGUAUAGAACUUUUGUUCUGUUUAAGCUAAUGGCAACUUUACUGGAUAUCCCCUGCUACAUCUCAUGCCUGGAAUUGGGAAUCUUUGUUACUCUCAUCAAAAGCAAAUACAAGUCUGAUGCGUUGACCAACAACGAUAAGAUUCACACUGGGGUUAUUCAAUGAUACUUAUUUGUCUUACCAUCCAAAUUCAACCCUUUUUGCCUUUUCUCUGUUCUGAUGGCCAGGACUGAAUUACAUGGGUUAGUCAUCUUUCUCGAUACCACUGUUCUGGUUAGUCCAUCUUCCUGCCUGUGCAAGGUGGUUCUGUGCAGUGCACACUCCCGUGCUUUGACUAGUCAAGUUCUAAAUGAUUUGAGCAUUGAGGCUUCCAUCGGCACCUAUGGGAGGUUAUUUCACAGAUUAAUAGAUCACAUGGUCAGUCCAUCUUCAUUUCAGCAUGCUUUGUCUUAGACGUGUGGGUACCUAAGACAUCUUGAACAAUCAGUAUGUACUAGCUUAAGAGUUGUGAGGUUUAGCGCAGAUGAAAAUGAAGCUUGCACAAAAGUUAGUCGGGCUUGACGUGCUGGACUGUGAAAGACAGAUUGGUUGGCUUUGCUAAUUUGUAAUGCCAAAACUAAAAGUUGGGACAAGUGGGGUAUAUUGGUAUAGCUCCAUUGAGGUCAAUAAAACUAUGCAGAUUUACAACAGCUGAGGUUCUGGUCGGAUGUAUUUAUUAUUAGCAGUAUGACUGUAGCAGACUAAAUGCUUCAUGGUUUUGCAUAAAGAACACAGUUGUAAAAGGUGCUGCACUACUGAAUCAUCUUUGGCUUACAAAUGAAAACCGGACAUCUUAUUUGUUGUGUAUCUUCACAUUGAAAAACCUUCUGUUGUGAUUUCAUCAGUCAGAAAGAAGCUAUUUAGCAGCUCCACAACAUAAAUCCUACAGUGACGUGUUUUUCACCUCCCAAAUACGCUAACAAAUGUAGCUGCAUAUCACAAAUAAACUUUUGGUUGUACUUGGGUACU